CCCUCCCUGUCCGGGGCCGGUACUUUCCUCCCAAGUUGCAGCGCAAGUUUGCCAGUGGCCGGCGGCGGCGGGGCGCCGGGAGCCUCCCUCGCCCUCGGCCGGCCGGGGCUCCCCCGAGUGCAUGGGCGCAGGUCGGGCGGCCCUGGGGGCCUGAGCGGCCGCGCCGCCUCCGAGCCCCGCGCCAUGGAGGGCGCAGAGCCCUGUGUGCGGCCAGAGCGCCUGGCAGAGGCCGAGGCGCGGGCGGCCGAUGGCGGGCGCCUGGUGGAGGUGCAGCUGAGCGGCGGCGCCCCUUGGGGCUUCACCCUGAAGGGCGGCCGCGAGCACGGCGAGCCGCUGGUUAUCACGAAGAUCGAAGAAGGAAGCAAAGCGGCGGCAGUGGACAAGUUGUUGGCCGGAGAUGAGAUCGUUGGCAUCAACGACAUCAGUCUGUCGGGGUUUAGACAGGAAGCGAUUUGCCUGGUGAAGGGGUCGCAUAAGACCCUGAAGCUGGUGGUGAAAAGUUAUUUAUCUUGGCUGCGCUGGGUCUUCGUUGUGGCACUGAGGGUCUUCAUUGCAGCACGUGGCCUCUUUAGUUGCGGCAUGUGGACUUGUAGUUGUGGCGUGCAUUCAGGAUCUAGUUCCCCAGCCAGAGAUCGAACACAGGCCCCCAGCAUUGGGAGCGUGCAGUCUUGCCCACCGGACCACCAGGGAAGUCCCUACAAAGUAUCGAGUAGAGUUCCCUGUGCUAUACAGAGGACUGAGCUGAGCUGGAGGCCACACUCCUGGCACGUCACCAAGUUCUCCGACAGCCACCCCGAGACAUCGGCAUCUCCAUUCCCCUCUACCAGCUCCUGCCCCUUGUGGCCAGGCCAGCACCACGCCAGCUCUUCGUCCCAGGACCUGUCGAGCGGCCUGUGGGAGCAGACGCAUCUGCAGCGCGCCUCUGACCACUUCAGCUCCCUGGGGAGCGUGGACAGCCUCGACCAGCCUGCCCAGUCCUACCCGUCCGGGCGCCUCUCGGCUGCCAAGUCCAACAGCAGCAUCGACCACCUGGGCGGCCCGAGCAAGCGGGACUCCGCUUACGGCUCCUUUUCCACCAGCUCCAGCACGCCUGACCACACCCUGCCCAAGGCGGAUGCCUCCUCUGCUGAGAACAUCCUCUACAAAGUAGGCCUUUGGGAGGCCUCCACCGGAGGCAGCGACCGGCAGGGCCUGGCUGCCGGCGACCCUCAGUGUGUGGACGAGAGGCUCGGGUGCUUCCCCCCCAGGGUCCCCUCUGACAGCAGCACGAGCCCCAGGCCCGAGGACAGCCCUGAGCCCAAGCUAGCUGCUUCCGGGAGGUCCAGUUUUGGGCCAGUCUGGUAUGUUCCCGAUAAGAAGAAGGCCUCUUCGUCCCCUCCUCCGCCCCCUCCCCCUCUCCGCAGUGACAGCUUUGCGGCCACCAAGAGCCACGAGAAGACCCAGGGCCCUCCAUUCUCAGAGGCGGCCACCACGCAGCACCCUCCGGGCCUGACCCGCGCUCCGUCCCACAGCGACUGGCGACCGGAAGCGGCCGAUCAGCCGCAGGGACCAGCGCGCCUGGGCGACGGGAGGAGAGCCGGAAGCUCGGGCUGUGCGCCGGGUGUCCCCCUGGACUGCGGGUGGCCGCCGUGCGACAGCGGGGCCAGGGCCCUCCCGGGGGCCCCCAGCCGGCUCCAGGCCUCCCUGUCCAGUGCGGACGUGCGCUGCCCGCCACCUUCGCCCGCAUGCCAGCACCCGCGCCACUCCAGCGACGAGAGCCCCUUCUUUCACGAGGGGCCCGGUGCCGCCACGUGGCUCAGCGAGCAGCCGCCUGCCGAGCGCUUCCCGGAUGACAGCCCCGCUCCGGUGGGGCGGCCCAGCGCUGGCGACCACAAGGGGGACGGUGGCGCGCAGAGCCGCUACUACUGCGUGACCUCCAGACGCGGCCCGCAGGGCGGCGCCCCGGCCGCGCAGCCCCGCUGCUACCCGCCCCGGCUCGAGGGGCCCCCGGGCGCCCGGCAAAGGGGGAGGGUGGCGCCGGCGGACAGGGAGGCCGGGGGCCACUGCGAGGGAGCCGAGGAACCGCCCGCGGCCGGCCUCGUGGAAACGGCGAGUGUGAAGAAGGUCGCAGGCGGCUUCGCGUGGGGCCACGCGGGCGGCGAGAUCUGCCCCCUGCAGACGCCCAUGCUGCACUCGCUGACCCAGGAAGGGGCGCGCCGGCCCGAGGCCGGCCACGAGGGCGCCCUGGAGAGGCCCCCGCCCGAGGCCCCGGCGGGCAAACCCAUGCGGAGGAGCGACCGUUUCGCCACCACCCUGAGGAACGAGAUCCAGCUGCGGCGAGCCAGGCUGCAGAAGAGCCGGAGCACGGCAACCCUGGCCGGCGCCGCGGAGGGGGACGAGACCACCGCCGAGGCAGAGGCGCGCGACUGGGGGGUGCAGCCGACAGGGGGCCCCCCGGAAGCCGCCUUCUCCAGCACAUAUAAGGACCACCUGAAGGAGGCGCAGGCCCGCGUCCUGAGGGCCACGUCGUUUAGGCGCCGCGACCUGGAGCCCUGCCCGUCGGACCCCGACACCCUCCCUCGCGUCUGGGAGGCAGCCCCGGCCAGGCUGCCCUCGAGCGCCGGCGGCGCGCUGCACGCCCCGCGCAUCGCAGGCCGGAGGCGCUUCACGGCCGAGCAGAAACUGAAGUCCUACUCCGAGCCCGAGAAGAUGAACGAGGUGGGGCUCGCGGGGGAUGAACGCCCGCGCCAGCGCCCCGCGCCUCCCGACGAGACCGUGCGCACUUUUGCCGACAGGUGGAAGUUUUUUGAGGAAACCAGCAAGCCCGUAGGCCAGCGGUCGGGGCUGAGGCCGGCACCCUGUGGGUUCCCCAAGGAGAAGCCAGAGAGGCCUUGGACAGCGGGCCCCGGAAAGGAGGGAAAGGUGGGGAGAUCAGACCCACCUCAGAGGCUGGGAACCUUUGCAGAGUAUCAAGCCUCGUGGAGGGAACAGAGGAAAGCCCCGGAAGCCAGGAGUUCUGGGAGGUACCACUCGGCAGACAACAUCCUGGACGUGGGUCUGGACCAACACGAGAGGCCACAGUACAUCCACGGAAGGUCCCGGUCGUCGCCCUCGACCGACCUCUACAAGCAGGAAGCUUCUGUGGAAGUGCGACGGCAAACGGAGGACCCCGGUGCGCGCAGAGAGCUUUCUUCCUCAGUCCAGGCCGAGGAGGGACGCCCCACCCCAAGACAAGCAGAUGCCCCAUGUGCAGAAGACAGUCCGGGAGCGCAGCGGGACCCCCAGCAGCCGUCCCAGGUCUCUGAACCAGCUGGCUCCCGGGAAGCUCCCGAGGUGCCCCCGGAGGGCCGUGGCCGGGCGGGGACCCUUCCUUGCGAUUACAGAUACCCGGAGGAACGCGCGCCCGCGGACCGGCCUGCCGCCCCGCACGCCCGGGGGCAGGACCCCCGGCCCCUGAGCGCUGCCCCGCUCUCCCGGAGGCCCGCCCCACAGAGGCCGCCGCCGCCCAGGCGUGAGCCCAGGCCCUUGGCGGGCGUACCUGCGGCUGCUCACCUGGGCGCGCCCGGCAGGCCCCGCCCCCUGGCCCCGGAGGUGUGCUCGUGCUCGGACCGUCCGGCCCUCGCCCGCUGCAGCCCCGGCGCCUCGGCGGAGAAGCCGAGCGCCGCCCGGCCCGCGGCAGAUGGCCCGCGGGCUGCGGGGGAGCCGGCCGGGCAGCAUGUAGACGAGCGCGCAGGCUGGCCCCGGCGGGAGGCGCCGCUCCUUUCCAAGUUCCGGCCCUUGCAGACCUCCGCCAUGGAGACCUCGCGCUCCCCGUCGCCUCAGUUCGCGCCGCAGAAGCUGACGGACAAACCCCCGCUGCUCGUCCAGGAUGAAAAUUCCACCAGAAUCGAGCGGGUGAUGGACAACAACACCACGGUGAAGAUGGUGCCCAUCAAGAUCGUGCACUCGGAAAGCCAGCCCGAGAAGGAGAGCCGCCAGGGCCUGGCCCGCGUCCCGGAGCCACCCGUGCUGCCCAGCGGGCUCGAGCGGGACCAGAUCAAGACGCUUAGCACGUCCGAGCAGUCCUACUCCCGCUUCUGCCUGUACAGCCGCCAGGGCGCCGAGCCCCAGCCCCCUGGCACCCCGGUGCCCACGGCCAAGGACAGCCGGGCCUCCACGCCCACGCUCAGCUACGUGAAGGCCAAAGAGAGGACUGCCGAAGACCUCAAGUCGGAGGAGCUGGCCCGCGAGAUCGCGGGCAAGGAUAAGUCCCUGGCGGAUAUCCUGGACCCCAGCGUGAAGAUCAAAACCACCAUGGACCUUAUGGAGGGCAUCUUCCCCAAAGACGAGCACCUCUUGGAGGAAGCUCAGCAGCGGAGGAAGCUGCUCCCCAAAAUCCCCUCUCCCAGAACCACAGACGAGAAGAAGGAGGAGCUGACUGUGCCGGCGGCCGUGUCCCUGGCCACCAACUCCACCUACUACAGCACAUCGGCCCCCAAGGCGGAGCUGCUGAUUAAGAUGAAAGACCUGCAGGACCAGCAAGAAGCCGAAGAGGAUUCAGGGAGUGACGCCGACCACGACCUGUCGGUGAAGAAGACACGUUUUAAUCACGGAGUUCAGUACCAGACGUUCAGUACCAGACUCAAUAACUUGUGUGCAUCAGGAGCUCAUCGAGAGCAUCGGUCGCAAGCUGCAGGUGCUGCGGCAGGCGCGGCAGAGCCUGCGGGAGGACAUGCAGGCCAACAGCGCGCUGGGCGACGAGGUGGAGGCCCUGGCCAAGGCCGUCUGCAAGCCCAACGAGUUCGACAAGUUCCGCAUGUUCAUCGGGGACCUGGACAAGGUGGUGAACCUCCUGCUGUCGCUGUCCGGCCGCCUGGCCCGCGUGGAAAACGCCCUCAACAAUCUGGACGACGGCACUGCUCCUGGCGAUCGGCAAUCCCUGCUCGAGAAGCAGCGGGUCCUGAUCCAGCAGCACGAGGACGCCAAGGAGUUGAAGGAGAACCUGGACCGCCGGGAGGGCAUCGUGUCCGACAUCCUGGCCAGCUACCUCAGCCAGGACAGCCUGGCCGACUACGCGCACUUCGUGAGGAUGAAGUCGGCCCUCCUCAUCGAGCAGCGCGAGCUGGAGGACAAGAUCCACCUGGGCGAAGAGCAGCUCAAGUGCCUGCUGGACAGCCUUCCGCCCGACAGAGGCAAAUGAGGGGCCUGCGGCCCGACGCCUCCCCGGCGGGGCACGCAACAGGAGGCAGAUGAAAACCCCAGCCUGGACUUAGGUCCUGGAGAGAGAAUCCCUCCCAGAACCAAAUGGCCGUUAGAAAAGCAAUAAUUUCCGUGGGCGCGUUUGGGAUGAUUGAUUGAUGUCUUAGUUCCCUGCUGAGCAGAGUGGCUCCCCGUCACCCUUGGCCUGGAAGCAACCCCACGUGGCGCCCGGUGAACGGUGAGUUCCCGAGUACGGACUGAGCUCUGGUCCCGAGGUGCACGCACGUGGUCCUUGCCGGCUCGGGUCUGCCCUUCCGUCUCCCCACGCUGCACCCCUUCCUCCUCUCAGGAGGCAAUGAGCGUGUGUCGGGCAAAGCCUGGCGCACGACCUCUCCGGUGGGUCACGGGAGGUGGCGGCUGCCGGCUUCUCCUGUUGGCCCAGAAGUGUUGAGCGUUCGUUGUGUCUGUCCUAUAAGGAUGAUCUGCGGCCCAGCAAAAAUCAGGAUGAUCCUUUAGUAACACUCUGCAAAGGUGAAUGGUUUUCCAUGUGGUUAAAAACCAACUGUGAAAAGACGAGCGUACAUGUUGGGUUCACUCACUCUAAAAUUGCCACUUAAAUAGCGUUCGCGCUUUAAAACACACGCAAAGCAGACACACGGUUUUAGGACUUCUCGGCUGACGUCACGGUUCAAAUGGUAUUUUCCUGCAAAGAGAAAUUACUUGGCUAAGAGCGUGUCCGGUAAAUGUGCUUGCUAGGUGUUUUUUUGCUUAAGGCCGACGCGACAUUUCUUAACUUACUCUUUCCCCAGAACAUAUAUUUCGCGUGUGUAUGAUCCUUAAUGACAAUUGGCAGUUUCUCUCUUUUUGCCUCUGUUUGUUGCCGUGCCGUAAGGGCCACAUACCGUUUGAGAGCCGUUGCUCCGGUCUCUCAGAGGCCCCGGUGGGCCGCAGAGCUCCUAGACCCACUCUUUUUCUGCCACACGGUGUACAGCUCCUGGUACCCUUUUUUAGCGGUUGGAAUUGUGAGAUGGUAAAGAGUCUGUUCACUAAAGAAAACUGUCAAGCUGUCAUUUUCCACUGGACAGAUCACAGGCUAGGAGAAAAUAACUUGCAAAUCAUGUAUGUGACAAACCGUUUGUAUCCAGAAUGUAUAAGAACGCUCAAACUUAACAGUAAGAAAACAAACAGCCCGAUUAAAAGGUGGGCAAAAGACUGAAAUAGACACUUCACCAAAGAGGAUAUAUGCAUGGCGAGUAAGCACGUGAAUCGCUGUUUUAGCCACCAGUGGCGUGGUUCUCACGUACUUCUUUUUAAUCUGAUCACUGUGGAGUGGUGAGUUUCGUCACAGUGCUCAUCUGUUGAAAUGUGUGGUUAAUGGCGGGAGAAGCCCUCGGAUAACUUCACGUCGAGGUCAUGUGCAGACUUUGGUUUGAUCUGUGAGAUCGUUUUACUCCUUAUUCCUCUUACUCCUAUGAAAGAAGUUUUCCAGCGGCGGGGGGAGAUGUCCCUCUGUCAGCAGUGGCUGCUGCCUUACCAAACACAGAUGCACGCAAAUGUCUUAAAGGACACUAACUAGGCCAUACUUCGCCAGCCAGAGGGGAGACUGGACUCCCGGGCUGCCGCAGUGAUCUCCGUGCACCCGUAGAGGGGGCCGACCUGGCAGGCGUCCGUGAUGCUGGCAAAAUAAACACUCCUUUGGCAGCCCACCGACGCCAAAGAGAAAUGCCUUUUCAAGUUUUUACUCCUAUUCAAUUAAGCUAUUCCUGACUUGAAAAAUCCCUCUUCUGCCAACGAAGUGUCCUUGCCACGUGGUGUGGGUCACUUGCUGUGAAAACUGAUCACGUCAGGAAAGGUAAAGCUGGCUGUCCAUGGACACCUCCCCCACACACUGCCCCUGCUUCCUCCUUCGGGGAGACAACCACGGUGAUUUCAGUGUUUUUAAUUGUCACAAAGCUUUUACCUGUGAUUCUUUCCCUUCAAAUACAGUAUUGUGAUCAUUUUGAUGAUAUGUCUGUAAAAUGUGAAAAUAGAAUUUGCGUCUGUAUCCAGCUUUUUGGUGUCUUUUGAGCCCUUUCUCUUCUACAUAGCAAUAUAUAGUGCUCUACUGUCCUUUUAACAAAGCACAUAGAAUCACAACAUUCCCGUUUGCCUCUUCAAUGGUUAGUGGGGACCCACAGAUUGCAGUGAGUCAAUGUACAUAACUUUGUAUAUAGUUAUGUUAUUGCAUAUAAAGACAAUCUGGUGCUAAUGUUUUGCCCUUGGCAUUCUUCGGUGGUGGCUGAUAGCUCACCCUUGGUCAUAGCUCAGCUGUGGAAUGCUCUGUAUAGUGAGAUUCCAGUCAGGGGCGUUGCGCCCUUGGAAGAUGCGUACAGAUUUCACGCUCAAUACUUUCACUUACGUCUCAACAGAUCAUUCUGCUUGACGUUCACAAAAUAAAUGGUGUCCUUCCGUGAA